GAAACCUUCCGCGCGCGCCGCCUCUGGUCGGCCGUUCGAUGCCCAGCGCGCAGCCUAGCAGCCGUCCGCGCACGCCGCCCGGCGCCCGGGUGACGCCAUUGUUACUCCCUCGUGUGCUCACUGUCGCAUCACACCUUCCCCUAUAUAUGCGCACGUCGCUGCGCGACGAUCAGAUCAUCCACACACGCAAAGCGGCGACCCAAGAACGGCCGACGGCGUCGAUCGAUCGCCGCGUGCGGAUCCGAUGUGCUUAGCUCCGGCGGCGGCCUUGGAGAUGGAGGAGCUCGAGCUCCAGGAAGCCGACGUGCUGUGGCCGGACCACGACGACGAUCACCAGGACCAGUGCCACUGCCACGGCCGGCCGCACCAGCAGCUCGAGGCGGCGGCGGCGGGCAAGCAGCAGCACCAGGGCGCCGCCGGCAACGCGCGUCGUCGUCGCGCAGGCGGCUCGUCGGCGCCCGUGGGCAUCCGCGCGGGGACGACCGGCACCGGCGGCCCGCCGCCGUGGGCCCGGAGCUGCUACGACAGCGAGGAGCCCGCGGCGGCGGCGUUCGUGCCGCCCCACGUGGUGCUGGCGGCGAGGCGGCGGUGCCCGGAGCGGCGGGCGGCCUCGUCCGUGUGCGUGGGGCAGGGGCGCACGCUCAAGGGCCGCGACCUCCAGUCCCUGCGCACCGCCGUGCUCCGCAUGACCGGAUUCCUCGAGACCUGACGAUGAGCUGCCUACACGCCGCGCGUGCAUGCGUCGUCGUCUGUCCUCCGGCGAGGAUCCCCGUACCGAGCGGCAGCCGGGUCAUCAUCAGUAGCUAAUUAAGCUAGCCGAGCCGAACAAUUUUGCAUUUCAAAUAGGCCAUUAUUUGAUUUCCGAAUUCCCAGAGAGAGAGAGAGGCGUGUUUUUCAGUUCAAACGGAGUACUAGAUUCCCAAAAUUGCAGCGUGUGAGUGCGCGUGCAUGCAUGUGUAAUGUUUGGGAGAAACAUCGAUAAUAAAUUCGAGAUUAGGUUUCUA